UGAGCUGCAGGAAGGCAGGCGGCGGAGACAAGAUGGCGUCUCCAUCCUCGUCACAGAUGGAGCGGAACCUGUGUGACUCUCCGGUACCGGCUUCUAUGUUCUCCCCGGAACCUGAGGCCGAUGACUCGGACUGUAGUCAGGACGGAGAGCCUCUGAUGAACGGAGAGCCCGACAUAGACCUGACCAGCAAGCACGUGUUGGUGAGCCCCAGUGCGGAGCAGUAUGACAGCCUCUUGCACCAGCUGCGCGACCGGAUGGACGAGGGGCGCGGGGAGACAAUCUAUGUUAUUGGACAAGGAUCUGAUGGCACUGAGUAUGGACUGAACGAGCCAGACAUGGAAGCCUCUGUGGCUACGGUUACCAGCAUGGCGGAGCAGAUUGGUGCAGACAUGAUCCAGCUGCGAGAGCACCAGGAAGCUGGUGGCAAAGUGCGGGACUAUCUUGUGCGCAAGCGCGUCGGAGAUAACGACUUCCUGGAAGUCAGAGUGGCGGUAGUCGGUAAUGUGGACGCUGGAAAGAGCACCCUCCUGGGUGUACUAACACAUGGUGAACUGGACAAUGGGCGUGGUUUUGCACGGCAAAAGCUCUUUCGCCACAAGCACGAGAUUGAAUCGGGUCGUACCAGCAGUGUGGGCAAUGACAUUCUGGGCUUUGACAGCCAUGGGCACGUUGUAAACAAACCAGACAGUCAUGGGGGAAGCCUGGAGUGGACCAAGAUAUGUGAAAAGUCCUCAAAGAUAAUCACCUUUAUCGACCUGGCUGGACACGAGAAGUACCUGAAAACCACAGUGUUUGGAAUGACGGGCCACUUACCCGACUUCUGUAUGCUCAUGGUGGGCAGUAACGCUGGUAUAGUGGGCAUGACAAAGGAACACCUGGGGUUGGCGCUGGCUCUCAAUGUCCCAGUUUUUGUGGUAGUGACAAAGAUAGACAUGUGCCCGGCUAACAUAUUACAAGAGACGCUGAAACUGCUCCAAAGGCUUCUCAAGUCCCCGGGCUGUAGAAAGAUCCCAGUCUUGGUCCAGAACAAGGACGAUGUCAUUGUCACUGCUUCCAACUUCAGUUCUGAGAGGAUGUGUCCCAUCUUCCAGAUCUCAAAUGUAACAGGAGAUAAUCUGGAGCUUCUUAAGAUGUUCCUGAAUCUUCUGUCCCCGCGCAGCAGCUCUCGGGAGGAGGAACCAGCAGAGUUUCAGAUAGAUGACACUUACUCUGUACCGGGUGUGGGUACUGUAGUCUCUGGUACAACCCUGCGAGGGCUGAUAAAGCUAAAUGACUUACUCCUCCUGGGGCCAGAUCCGCUGGGCAGCUUUACUUCCAUUGCAGUCAAAUCCAUUCACCGCAAGCGAAUGCCAGUCAAGGAGGUGCGCGGUGGCCAGACUGCUUCCUUUGCACUGAAGAAGAUUAAACGUUCCUCGAUCAGGAAGGGUAUGGUGAUGGUGUCCCCGCGCCUCAAUCCGCAGGCGUCCUGGGAGUUUGAGGCAGAGAUUCUGGUGCUGCAUCAUCCGACAACUAUCAGCCCUAGAUACCAGGCCAUGGUGCACUGCGGCAGCAUCCGGCAGACUGCCACCAUUCUGAGCAUGAGCAAAGACUGUCUGCGCACUGGGGACAAGGCCACUGUUCACUUUCGUUUCAUCAAAACACCAGAGUACCUGCACAUUGACCAGAGGCUGGUCUUCCGAGAGGGUCGCACUAAAGCUGUGGGAACCAUCACUAAGUUGUUACAAAGCACAAACAACUUGCCCAUGAACUCCAAGCCGCAGCAAGUAAAGAUGCAGUCAACAAAAAAAGGCCCACUUACCAAGAAGGAUGAGCAUAGUGCAACACCAAUGGAUGAUGCUUCACCCACAGCGGCUGCAGGAGUAACACCAGGGACAAGCAUUUUGCAACCACAGGUUUUGCUUUUUGUAUCCCCACCUGCAAUGAAAAUUUCUGUACAUAGUGCUGUUUACAAAAAACCACCUAGACGUGAAGGUUUAGAUAAAAAUUGCACUUCCAAUGAUAAUUUGUGA